CCGUCCUCAAGUAGCAGGAAGAACAGCAAGAUACCCUACUCGGGCCGCAAGUGUCUGCUCGGGACACACUUCAGUCCUCUGCUGUCCCCUCUUCCUGGGCGGGUCCGGGACCUUUGGGAUCCCCAUCACGUUCACUCCAGGACCUGCGAGGACAUAGCGAGCUGACAUGACCCAGGACAAGUCACUGCCAGACUCCUACUCUGCACAGAGCUUCUACGAGAACUAUGAGCCCAAGGAGAUCCUGGGCAGGGGAGUGAGCAGUGUCGUCAGGCGUUGCAUCCACAAGCCCACGUGCCAGGAGUACGCUGUGAAGAUCAUCGACAUCACCGGCGGGGGCAGCUUCAGCUCCCAGGAGGUGCAGGAGCUGCGAGAGGCCACGCAGAAGGAGGUGGACAUCCUGCGCAAGGUCUCGGGACACCCCAACAUCAUACAGCUGAAGGACACUUAUGAGACCAACACCUUCUUCUUCUUGGUGUUUGAUCUGAUGAAGAGAGGGGAGCUCUUUGACUACCUCACUGAGAAGGUCACCCUGAGUGAGAAGGAGACCAGGAAGAUCAUGAGAGCCCUGCUGGAGGUGAUCGCCACCUUGCACAGACUCAACAUCGUGCAUCGGGAUCUGAAGCCUGAGAACAUCCUCCUGGACGAUAACAUGAACAUCAAGCUUACAGACUUCGGCUUUUCCUGCCAGCUGGAGCCAGGAGAGAAGCUGCGAGAGGUCUGUGGGACCCCCAGUUACCUGGCCCCUGAGAUCAUCGAGUGCUCCAUGAACGAUGACCACCCCGGCUAUGGGAAGGAGGUGGACAUGUGGAGCACGGGGGUCAUCAUGUACACGCUGCUGGCCGGCUCCCCGCCCUUCUGGCAUCGCAAGCAGAUGCUGAUGUUGAGAAUGAUCAUGAGUGGCAACUACCAGUUUGGCUCACCGGAAUGGGACGAUUACUCCGACACCGUGAAGGACUUGGUUUCUCGCUUCUUGGUGGUGAGCCCCCAGAACCGCUGCUCGGCAGAAGAGGCCUUGGCGCACCCCUUCUUCCAGCAGUACGUGGUGGAGGAAGUGCGUCACUUCAGCCCCCGGGGCAAGUUCAAGGUGAUCUGCCUGACGGUGCUGGCUUCAGUGCGCAUCUACUACCAGUACCGCCGGGUGAAGCCCGUGACCCGGGAGAUCGUCAUUCGAGACCCCUAUGCCCUCCGGCCUCUGCGGCGACUCAUCGACGCCUACGCUUUCCGGAUCUAUGGUCACUGGGUGAAGAAGGGGCAGCAGCAGAACCGGGCGGCCCUCUUCGAGAACACGCCCAAGGCCGUGCUCCUCUCCCUGGUUGAGGAGGACUUCUGAGGGAAGGGCGGGCAGGGUAGGUGGGGCGGGGAUCAGGCACGGUGCAGACGCCCCCGAAAAGGGGUGAGAGCGUGUGCAGGGCCCUGGCCAGGACCCCAGGAACUGGGGCCACUCUCCCCUCUCAGGGGCAUCACUUGGUGGUCAGUGCAGCCGGAGCCAGGCCCCCGGACUGGGGGACCAGCUGUGGUUAGAACCUGGAGCCUCUAGGAAGCUCCACUGCCCAGGUGUACUACCAUCUCCGCUUCUCCUCUGGGAGGCCCAGAGUUAUUGACACUCAGUGCACUGCCCAGAGGGUCCCAGGGUGAGGAUGAAAGAGAACAGUCUGAGAAUCACAAUCACAGGCGAUUUUUACUGACCCCACAAUAUCCAGUGACACCACGGGAGCAGGUUCUUCUCUGGGGACGUGUAUAGAGGCAUGUGUAUAGAGCCCUUGCAUAAUUAACAAUAGAAAGGGAAUCAUCUGCUGUUUCUUUUGAGUACUAUUCAUUCUGUGACUCCCAUGGUGCACAGUCUCACCUGGUAAAUCCAUGGUUCUCCUAGACCCUUUUAAGACUGACAUUGAGCUUUAAAGAGCACACGGAAUUGCAUUUCACGUGCUGGAAACCAGGUUCCCUUGGAGAUGUGUGAAACCCCACAAAUAAGGCAAAUAAAGGAAUAAUUUUCUUUCUAUGGCAACUUGCUGGCAAAACAA